AUGCAAUCGCCUUCUACAAACAUUUGUGAAAGACUUUGUAUUAAGUCCAUCUGUGAAAUUUCCUUGCUACUAAAUAUUCCACGGUCAACUGUUAGUGGUAUUAUAACAAAGUGGAAGCAACUGGGAACAACAGCAACUCAGCCAUGAAGUGAAAGGCCACAUAAAAUGACAGAGUGGGGUCAGCACAUGGUGAAAUGCACAGUGCUCAGAAGUCGCCAACUGUCUGCAGAGUCAAUAGCUAAAAACCUCCAAACUUUGUGUGGCCUUCAAAUUAGCACAACAACAGUACGUUGAGAGCUUCAUGGAAUGGGUUUCCAUGACCAAGCAGCUGAAUCCAAG